AUGUUGUUCACUGCGUCGCUCCUCCUGUUGUUGCCAUGGGCGAGUGCUGCGCCGGCGAAUCUGCCCAUUGUUGACCUGGGCUAUCAACGCCACCAGGCCAUUUCUUUCAACUCUACCGGUCAAUACUACAGCUUCACCAACAUCCGAUAUGCCGAACCGCCCCUAGGAUCUCGUCGAUUCGCUCCUCCCGUCGCUCCCCACGGGCGUAGCAAAAACAUCGUCAACGGGACCGGGCUCGGAUAUAAAUGUCCUCAGGCGUUGGCAUGCUGGUUCAAUGUGCAGAACAAAUUCACCAGCGCUGCUGCUGCGGGAACACCCUUUGAUUUCAACGCUGCGUAUGAGGAGGUAUACACCAAGGACGCCUGCACUGAGCCGGCGAAGCAAGACCCCCUCCAAUCGGAAGAUUGUCUGUUCCUUGAUGUAUAUGUUCCUCAAGAUGUGUGGCAGAAGGGACCUCAAGCGGCGCAUCAGAAAGGAGGGGCUCCUGUGCUGGUCUACUUGCAGGACGGGGCCUAUGUCGGAGGGUCCAAGUCGGACCAGAAUCCAGCGGGGUUGAUCGCACGGAGUCGCGAGGAGGGCUCUUCUGGGAUGAUCUACGUUGGAAUCAACUAUCGGUUGGGCGUCUUCGGAUGGCUGUCCGGGCGCAAGUUUACCUCCUCUGGCGGCAAGCCAAACGCAGGAUUAUUGGACCAGCGCCUCGCUCUCGAAUGGAUUCAACGUCAUAUCCACCUGUUCGGUGGCGAUCCGUCCCGCGUCACCGUCAUGGGCGUCUCCGCCGGUGGUGGCUCGAUCAUAAUGCAAAUGACCGCCUACGGACGGGGUAUCUCGCCGCCGUUCGCGCAGGUCAUCACUCAGAGCCCUGCAUGGGAGCCCGGAACCAAGACGCCCGCCAUUGAAGACGAUCUCUUCGACACCUUCCUCGCUUCACUCAACGUCACCAGCCUCGACCAGGCGCGUCGCCUCCCCUCCCACGCACUCACGGACGCAAACUAUCGUCUCGUCGCGUCCCGCCCGUAUGGCGCCGGCGUCCUCGGGCCCGCCAUCGACGGCGACUUCAUCCCCGACAGCCCCAAGCGCCUCCUCCUCCAGGGCAAAGCCAACCCGGGCGUGCGCGUCCUCACCUCCUACACCGCCGCCGAAGGCUUCGGGAUCGCCCCGGCCAACAUCACCGACGAGGCCUCGUUCCAGCGCUACGUGGGACUGAUGCUCGCAGGCACGGACGCCAGCGUGCGCACCCACGCCGCCACGGUCCUCUACCCGGCCGUCUUCGACGGCUCGAUGCCGUACCGCACGCAGCACGACCGCGCUAGCCUGCUCUGGGCCGAUCUCGCGGCCAGCUGCAACACGCGCUAUCUGCACGCGGCGGUCCGCACGCCGGGCUAUGCGAUCGAAUACAGUGUCCCGCCGGCGCUGCAUCUGUCGGAUACGCCGUCGGUGUUUUACAAUGGGCCGGUGGCGGAUCCGACGGUGAACGGGACCAUUGCGGAGCUCUUGCAGAGGCAGAUUGUGAGGUUUGUGAAGACGGGGAAUCCCAAUGGGGAGCCCGAUCCGGAGGUGCCGGUCUAUGAUGGCCGCGAUCUGCUGGAUUUGGGUGAUGAUGGCGUGCUGGUUAGGCCUGAUUCGACGGAUAAUGCUCGUUGUGAGUAUUGGCAGAAGGUGCAUUUCUGA